CGUUUCAUUUACGGAGAAAGACAUGAAUCUUGCUGCCAAGUACGACAGCCGUUUGUUUGUUACUGUCGAUCCCAUGGUGAAACUGAACGGAGCGAGGACGGUGGUAAAAGCAGAUUAUGAGCGAGUUAUUGGCUAUGAUGUGAGUCCCGUCUGGACACUCGUAAGCGAUCCAGAAUGGCGAAAAGCAAUGAAAGAUGCGUCUCAGUUGUACGUGGAGGAAGCGAUGGCUGCGUCACGCCCAGUAAUCGCUGCAGGCGGACCAUUUUUGAUCGGAGCUGGCAACUACUGUCUGAGAUGUACAUGUACUACAACAUCGCAACCUCCAAGCAAGCAUGGCAACACGGGAAGGCAACUUGAAAACACCGAUGAAGACAAAGAGCAACCCGAAGAACAACAACAACCAGAACAAACGGGCAACAGAAGCAUCGAGAACGCAAGACUAGAAGCAGGCUACAAACGCACUGUCGACAAGGUCGAAACGACAGACGUCGAGUUCAAAUUUUUUAUCGAAGUCCCACGGCGUCGCGAGACCAGUUUGAAAUGUCUCGACCGCGAUCCAGACGAUGACUGCGAUCCUAUGGAAGAUCCAGACUUCGGAUUUUACAUCUACUGCAAAGUAGACGACACCAAGUUAUACUUGUGCGCAGACUCGACAGACGAGAGCAAGGUUUGUCUUGUCACCAGCGUUCCUUAUCCCAACGCUUACGCUCGAUUCUACGUGGAGUUUCCGAGUACCCGCCGUUUGGCACCCGUUUCUCGUUGGGAAAAGGAUUCGUUGCACGUGUUGAGAAAGACUGCGUACAUGAAACGACGUCAGUAUCUUGUCAUUGAUGCAAAGACUAGACAGCUGUCGUUUACCUCUGGAGAAGAACUUGAUCGUAAUCAGAGAGUGAGGUGUCAGUUUGCUGUUGCCAAUUGCACAUGGCAAUGUGAAGAGCAACGUGAAGAGAAUUGAGAAAUGACUUUUAUCAUGAAUCCAGAAAAACUGAUUUUAAUACUUGAUGUUGGUAUUUUCUGGUAUUUCUCUUGUAGAAGGCUUAAUUCUAUCAUAACCGUUGUUACUCUUAAUCAUUUUUGUUAAAUGGCAUUAAAGUUUUAUUUCGUGAUGCAAUGAUGGUGCAAUUGACACGGAGUGUCUAUUAAGAAUAUUUUGUGAAGGCUUCAACCGUGUGUUUAUAGCACUAG